GGCUCUCCCUAUAUAUCGCACGCACUUCCUUCUGCUGCUGCUCUACCUACUACUUCCAUCCACACAGCUCCACCAAAUUGAGCUACUAGCUACUCUACUCCCUAAGCAUCUUCUCUCUCGACGGUGAUCGGAUGGACAGCACGAGCUGCCUCGUGGACGACGCCAGCAGCGGCGCGUCCACGGGCAAGAAGGCGUCGCCGGCGGCGCUGAAGCCGCUGCAGCGCGUGGGAAGCGGCGCCAGCGCGGUGAUGGACGCGCCGGAGCCCGGUACAGAGGCAGACUCCGGCGGAGCCGGCCGCGGCGGGAGGCUGCCGUCUUCCAAGUACAAGGGCGUGGUGCCGCAGCCCAACGGCCGGUGGGGUGCGCAGAUCUACGAGCGGCACCAGCGCGUGUGGCUCGGCACCUUCACGGGAGAGGCCGAGGCGGCGCGCGCCUACGACGCGGCGGCGCAGAGGUUCCGAGGCCGCGAUGCCGUCACAAACUUUCGCCCUCUCGUGGAGUCCGACCCCGACGACGCCGCCGAGCUCCGCUUCCUCGCCGCCCGCUCCAAGGCCGAGGUUGUGGACAUGCUCCGCAAGCACACCUACCCCGAGGAGCUCGCGCAGAACAAGCGCGCCUUCGCCGCGGCCUCCCCGUCGCCGCCUCCCCACCAAAACCCCGCCACCACCUCCUCGUCGGUGGUGGCCCGGGACCACCUCUUCGACAAGACGGUGACGCCUAGCGACGUGGGGAAGCUGAACCGGUUGGUGAUACCGAAGCAGCACGCGGAGAAGCACUUUCCUCUCCAACUCCCGGCCGGCGCCGCCGUGUCCGGUGAGUGCAAGGGCGUGCUACUCAACUUCGAGGACGGCACGGGAAAGGUGUGGCGGUUCCGGUACUCGUACUGGAACAGCAGCCAGAGCUACGUGCUCACCAAGGGCUGGAGCCGCUUCGUCAAGGAGAAGGGCCUGCACGCUGGCGACGCCGUCGGGUUCUACCGGUCCGCCGCUCCCGGCAACAACGACCAGCUCUUCAUCGACUGCAAGCUCCGUCUGAACACGACGACGGCGACAACGACCUUUAUCAACGCGCAGGCCCCCGUGAGGACCGUGCGGCUCUUCGGCGUCGACCUGCUUACCACGGCGAUGCCGAGGCCCGCCGCACCGGAGCAAGACGUGUAUGACAUGGCCAAUAUGAGCAAGAGAUCCAGGGACGCCGGCACCGUAGGCGCGGUUUGGAAGAAGCGAUGCAUAGAUUUCGCGCUGACCUAGUUAGCUGGAAUUUCUUUUUUUCCUCCAUGCCACCAUGCAAAUUAAGUUUCAUGGUAGCUUAGAGCUCUUGAUCUCCUGCUCGAUCGAAAUGUUUCCCCCUAGUCUUUCCUUUCUUUCUCAUACACAUGCUAAGUCUAAUCUCGCUUAUAAACCGUAAAUUAAGCUUGUUCUUGAGUUCUUAA